ACAGCUGACGGUGAACAACAACACGGAGUCGUCUUCUCCUGCAGGUAGUGUACAGUGGACAAACUCUUUCCACGCUUCGCCUGUUAGGGCUGCUGCCCGGCCUGAUGGUCGUUAUGUCAGUUUAACGCAUUUCUGAAGCGCGUUUACGGUUAAAAGAUGAGAGCGGUGCACUGAGGAGGAAGAGGAAGACUACCGGAGCUCGUCAUCCAUCCCAAAGAAGCAGCCACCGCACAAUGGCACCGUCCCUCAUCCGAGCUUGCCGCAGUCUGGCUCUCUCGACGUGGCUGGUGUCGUUUUGCUUCGUCCACUUGCUGUGCUUGGACUUCACGGUUGCAGAGAAGGAGGAGUGGUACACAGCUUUUGUCAACAUCACCUAUCUGGACCCCGUUACAUCGCAGGUCAGGACGGAGAAAACCGAGUGCGGUCGGUAUGGUGAGCACUCGCCUAAGAAAGAAGCGAGAGGUCAGGUCCUGGUGCCGGCCCUCCUGCAGGACAGACAGGCGUGCGACCCAAACAUUAGGUUCCCUCCUGCCCCUCCGAACACCCCGUGGGUGGCGUUGGUAGCUGCGGGGAAUUGCACAUACCGAGAGAAAAUCCGUCAUGUCGCUAACCACAACGCCUCUGCAGUUGUCAUAUACAACGUGGGCUCCAGCAGCGCGAAUGACACCAUAACAAUGUCCCAUUCAGAUACAGGUGAUGUUGUGGCCAUCAUGAUCCCAGAGCCUAAAGGUCGUGAAAUUGUGGCCUUGCUCGAGCAGCGCAUUUUAGUCAUGUUGCAGAUCACUAUAGGAACCCGCAACCUGCAGAAGUACGUGAGCAGAACAUCGGUAGUGUUUGUCUCCAUCUCCUUCAUCGUUCUCAUGAUCAUCUCCCUCGCCUGGCUCGUCUUCUACUACAUCCAGAGAUUCCGCUACGCUAAUGCAAGAGAUCGCAACCAGAGGCGUUUGGGAGAUGCUGCCAAAAAGGCCAUGAGUAAGCUUCAAUUACGGACCAUUAAGAGGGGCGACAAGGAAACAGAGUCAGACUCUGACAACUGUGCAGUUUGUAUUGAAGGUUAUAAGCCUAAUGAUGUUGUGAGGAUAUUACCAUGCAGACAUUUCUUCCAUAAGCACUGUGUAGACCCCUGGCUCCAAGACCACCGAACAUGUCCCAUGUGCAAAAUGAACAUCCUCAAAGCCCUGGGAAUCCCAUUCAGUGCAGACUGCUCAGAUGAGGUUCUGCCAGACUACGACAUGUCUGUCGGGGGUCCACCCACCAACCCCAUUAGUGGGGCAAGUGAAAUCACAGUUAACGAGAGCUCGGUAGUGUUGGAUCCAGUGGGAAGAGGAACAAACCUGUCGCCGCUCCAUCCUGAGGCAGAGUCAACGCUUCAGGGAGGGGAGAGCCGUAUCUUUGCCAGCAGUGAGCACCAGCCUCCACUCAGCAGUGAUUCAGACACUUCGAUCAUCCUGGGCAUGGAGGUAGGCAUGUCCGAAGCAGACAUGUCCACUGAGCAGGAAUGCGACAUCACCAAGUCCAGAGUCAGUCAGAGCUGAGACAAAUAGCACAAAAAUCAUAGGACAAGGAUGGCGGGAACAGGUCUGGGUGAUCAGGUGACCCCCAGAGAUCAUCCAGUGAAGAAGUGGCCUGACUGAAGAUGGGAAAAUGAGCAAUACAACUGAUAGCAGCACAAAAUACCUAGUUCUUUCUUCACCGACUAAAAAACGGAUUCAUCCAUGCAUCUAUGGAUAUUUAGCUUGCUUAUUUGAUGAUGCCAGGACAUCUAGACAAACCUCUCACAUGUGGUGACCAACUUUUUGUUGGUCACCACACUCCACACCAUUUUUCAGCUUUAAUUAAUAGAAAAAAAAUGUGUGUGGAUUGUUUGACUUCAUGGUACAAGAUCACUGCCAACAAAUCCAGAAGUUGUACUGAUGUGACGUACACCUGUGUAGCGCAUAUAGAGAGUACCUGAGUGAUUUUCUUCUGAUUCUCCAGCAGUUGGUGGGAAUUCCCCACCGGCAGUUCUUCAGUUUCAAACUUGAACGUUAGUUUUAUUGUGGUCACACGACAUUAAGAAUUUGGAUUAUGAAAGCGCACGUGCUGUAAUUUCAGAAUUUCUAAGCGUAACUGUUGUUGUUACUAUUUUGUGGAUCGUGGUUUUUAAAACUUCAACUUUACCGACUGAAUAUUCCUGCUGCGGAGAGAAAACAAGCAAACACAGACUAGAUGUUUCUGUCCUCACAUUUGACAAUCAGAGCUUGUCCUAAGCAGUUUGAAGUGAUGUCACCCACUGCCCUGCUGAAACUGCUGCUAAUUAUUCACAACACGUGAAGUAAGGGAUCAUGUUCCUACCGCUGCUAAACACAGCUGUAGCCACACCAGUUGUCACUACCAAUUUCUGGCACUGUGUUCACUUCCCUAUACAAACCUACUUAGUUAAUAUGUCAACAAGUCUUUGUGCCAAGCUUGUCUCUUGCAUAUUAAACAUAGUUAUUUUUCAUUAUUGUUAAUUGCUUUGGCUGACAGGCUGGAAUUACACUAAAUCUUUUCAUGAUUGCCAACCUGAUGAAUAACAUAAGGGCAAUGAUUUAUGUUAAAAGUACUGUGUUGAGUAAUUAAGGAGGUGUGGCUUGGGUUCAUUCAAGGAUUUUCUGUUUUUUUUUUUGUUUUGUUUUUUUGUCCUGGCAUGAACCGUUACCAGCAUGGAAACAUUUACAGUCUUCGGGUGAGUUUACACUAAACUGGCUAGUUUUGACAGACAGCAUCGAUGUACCUUUCUCACAGGGAUUUAAGCACAGAUCUGCAAUAAAUGCAAAGAAAUAAAAUGCACCACAGCCGACAUUUGGAAAGGAAUGUGUUGAGACAGCUCUCCAUCUACAGUCUGGAAGCACAUAUACUGAAAGCUGUAAUUUCUGAAUUUAAUUUAAAAAAAAAAUUCUGUUGUCAGAGAACUGAACAAGUACUGACAAAGAGUCAUGUGACAACUUAAACAUUAAUAGACAUAAAACUUCAAAGCUUCAAAACCUUUUUAAAACCUAUGAACACAUUCUUUUAUAUUAGCAACAAAUUUGUUGUUAUAAUGAUAACCAUACAGAGAAGAAAUAUCACCUGAACUGUUACAUUCUUCAGUGUUUCAAAGCUUUACAAUGAGUUUCAGCCAAAGUCUGUAGAUAAAAGAUGGACAUGACCCCGAUUUCUGAAAAGUGCAGAUAGUGCCUUAAACCUGCAUUCUCUCUGAUGGGCAGCAGGGGGCAAAAAAAAAAAAGUCUGAAUGUUUAGAAGUCUAUGAGAAAAUGACCCCUGCUUAUUACUUGAUCUGUGACUUAAUACUUUUGUGAUAAGUUUAUGGUCUUAAUUUCUAGAUUUAAGUUUCAUUGAAUACAACACAAUGUUAAUUUUGUAAAUGAUGGCUCGAUUAAGGAUUAACGUAACCAAUAAAGAUUUGGGUUAAAGGGUAUGUUUUAGGAUAUGUCUAUUUUGUGAUGGAUGAGAGAGUGUGCAGUGUCCUCAGGUUCUCAGUCAGUUCCUUUCCUUUUCCUCCUUUCCUUCUUUCCUUCUGACUGUGACAGCCAAAAUGUUCAGCCUGAGGCUUCAAAACAGGACUAUGUCCAUCAUUUAUAUACAGUCUGUGGUUUGCUCCCACUGCUCUCAGAGCAUCAUUUGUUUUCAGAAAAUCUCUACCCAGUCUAGACUACCUGCCCAGAGCCAAACAAGCAAGACAAAUGAUUAUUCUAUCCGGAGCAAGUAAAGACCAAAAAUAGAGUUAAAAGGUGGGUAAAGUUUAUUGUGUUGCACUUAUUUGAUUCUGCUGCCACCAAGUGGCCAAAAUUCUCAAAUUAUUUUUAAAUCAGCAUUUUUGUCCAUAAAGUCUUUUUCCUUACCCCAAAUUCAAUGCUGCUCUAAAAAGACUGUUUUUGAAAAAAGAAUGUAGCUAACUCAGCACGGGCUCCAAUGUUUCAGCAGACUGUUAUAUGCGUGUCACAUUUUGUGAUAGAAAUUAAUCUUCUAAUUUUUAUUGUUUAGUUUUAUUUAUGGUACUGUCAGUCACCCACUAAUUGCUUUUUAAACAAGGUCUCAUGUAAUAGUACGAAUAGCUGAAUUUAGAGCUCAUUUGGGUCCAGUUCCUCUCACAUUCCUGCAGACAUGCACACUGAUGAAGCACAGACCCACUGAUUUAGUCAUUGGUGCCACCAGACUUUUACUGGUGGUCCUCUCUUUAGUCAUUGUUUCCAUUAGGUCCUGCAGUCGACUCUGUUAUGCAAGGCAUACGAUCAAACUCCCUCUUGUUUUGGUCAGUCGUUAAGUGUAUGUGCAAACAUUUGAGUUUCAGAAAUAAUUGCUAUGAAGAGGUUUACAUUGUAAUUCUGUAUCUGAUAGCUAUAAACACUGCAUUCUAUUAUUUCUAGUGCACAAAGUAAAAAGUUAAAAUAUUCAGGUUGUGUCUGCAUUUUUUCGCUCUGAUAGACUACCUGCAGGUGGACAUUUGACAGUUUUUACAUUGCCUCACUUAAUUGGACAAAUUCACAAAUGCCCAUUUUCAUAAAGAUUUAUAUAAAAGAGGUCAAUCAGACUAUUCAAUCACCUGACUGACUGUAUUUUUGUGUGUUUUGAGGUAAUGAAGAUUAACAAAUAUAGAUGUAGAUGCUUAAGUCUCAGCCUACCUAACUGGGACCUUUUAAGCCUCUGCGUGUUACAUGAGCUCACACUGAUAUUCAGGCAGCACAAUACAAAGGAAUACCCAAAAAUACCUGUUGUUUUCUUCACAUUGCUUGUUCUUACUCUCUUAUAUUUUAAAUUACUGUUUUUUUUUCCUUUCUGUCACCUUGUUUCUAAAAUGUCUACAUGAUCGUUUGCUUGGUUGGUAUAGCAGCAAAAUAAAGCAAAGUGCAUUUAUUUCCAGUGCUACACGGCUGGGCUUUGGUUGUGCUGCCAAAUUUAAAAACUAAAGUUUUCCACAGUUUAAGGCCUUCUUGUUACAGAGCAGCUUAAACUGUGUCAUGAAAAUCUCCCAGUUUUGUGUUUACAGUGUUUUAAUAACAAGUUUCUCUUAGGAAUAAAUAGAAUUGAAAGAGUUUUGAAGACCCAAGAAAUGUGUGUGUACUUCAUGUAAUGACGAUUAGUGUACUGAUGAAGAGAACAAAAUUGGUGUCCCUAAUUGUAACUUCAACAUUGUUUAACACAAUCUUCAGACUUUUUUGAUCAUUUCCAACAUGCUUUCUGCAAAGAAAUAUGUAGUUGCAACCAAUUUUUGGGAAAAACAUAAAUGAAUGUAUUUUUCCUCUUCUUUGAUUAGUUUAUGUUGAUAGGACACUGAUCAUUGAUCAAUAGAAAUGAGUUAUCCUGCCUAAAAGAGACAUUUUCUUUGGUUUCCACCAGCCACAUGUUAAAAAUCAAAAACUAAAUAUUGUGUAAACUGUACUGACUGACCAGCUUCUAUAUUUUACAUAAACAGUUUCAUCAAUAAUGCAUGUAGUAUAAGUAGUAUUUAGUUUAGUUGUAUGCUUGCUUGUAGCCCGUUUCUUUCUGCACUUAACUGCAGUUAUUAAUUGAAAUGAAUGUAUCAUUAAAACUCAAUUUUUCCCAAUAAUUGUUUGCAAAGCAACCCCUUAAAAAAAAUAAUAAAUAUUAUGAAGUAUUUGAAUUGUAAAAUAAAGCCUUAUCCAGCAUUGUUUUAUUUUUGGUAAUUUAAUUCUUUUUGAUCUGUGUGGCUCUUUCUGAUUGUGCUAACCUUUCUAUAUUCACACCAGUGAAUAAGGAAGGCUGAACUGAAUAAAAGCCUUAUUUUAAGGUACAGCUUUAAAGACAGAGGGCUACAGUAAUGAGUAUGGAAGAUGAGUCAGUUGUUGCUUACUGUAUAAUGUUGUGAUUUUUUUUUUUAAUCUGUGCUCUGUGGAUGUGAGGUUGAGGGUGCCAGUAUAUUGUAAACUAUUUACCCAGCAGAAAUAACAGCAGUGCUAUUUUGUAAUCUGAAAACAUUGUAAGUACGAUUACGAGUGUCUCUGUCCUUUUCUUGUUCCAUACACGAUGCAUGUGUAGGAAUGUCUUUGACUGUGUGUUAUAAUAACUUUGAAUGAGGUUUUUUUCAACUUUUACA